GUGCCUGUCGGCGCCCAGAGCCGGAGCCGGAGCCUCUGCCCAUGGCCGGAACCCCCCGCCGCGCCGCCCGCCGGCGCCUGCCGCUCCCCCUGCUCUGCCUCCUCCUCCAGGGCGCCACCGCCAUCCUCUUCGCGGUUUUUGUCCGCUACAACCACGAAACGGACGCUGCCCUCUGGCACGGGGGCAACCACAGUAACGCGGACAAUGAAUUUUACUUUCGCUACCCAAGCUUCCAGGACGUGCACACCAUGGUGUUCGUGGGCUUCGGCUUCCUCAUGGCCUUCCUGCAGCGCUACGGCUUCAGCAGCGUGGGCUUCACCUUCCUCCUGGCCGCCUUCGCCCUGCAGUGGUCCACGCUCACCCAGGGCUUCCUGCACUCCUUCCACGGCGGCCACAUCCACGUUGGCGUGGAGAGCAUGAUCAAUGCGGACUUCUGCGCCGGGGCUGUGCUGAUCUCCUUCGGCGCUGUGCUGGGCAAGACCGGGCCGGCCCAGCUGCUGCUCAUGGCCCUGCUGGAGGUGGCACUGUUUGGCAUCAACGAGUUUGUGCUCCUUAGUCUCCUGGGGGUGAAGGAUGCAGGAGGCUCCAUGACCAUUCACACCUUUGGUGCCUACUUUGGGCUGGUCCUCUCACGGGUGCUCUAUCGGCCCCAGCUGGAGAAGAGCAAGCAUCGCCAGGGCUCCAUCUACCAUUCGGACCUCUUUGCCAUGAUUGGGACCAUCUUCCUGUGGAUCUUCUGGCCUAGUUUCAACUCGGCACCCACUGCGCUGGGGGACGGGCAGCAUCGGACAGUCCUCAACACGUACUACUCCCUGACCGCAAGCACCCUCAGCACCUUUGCCCUGUCAGCCCUUGUCGGGAGGGAUGGGCGGCUGGACAUGGUCCACAUCCAGAAUGCAGCACUGGCCGGAGGGGUUGUGGUGGGGACAGCAAGUGAGAUGAUGCUGACACCCUUCGGGGCCCUCGCAGCGGGCUUCCUGGCCGGGACUGUCUCCACGCUGGGGUACAAGUUCUUCACGCCCAUCCUUGAGUCAAAAUUCAAAGUUCAAGACACAUGUGGUGUCCAUAACCUUCAUGGGAUGCCUGGGGUCCUGGGAGCCCUCGUGGGGGUCCUCGUGACUGGGCUGGCCACUCACGAAGCUUACGGAGAUGGCCUCCAGAGCGUGUUUCCACUCAUCGCCGAGAGCCAGCGCACUGCCACGUCUCAGGCCAUGUUCCAGCUCUUCGGGCUGUUUGUCACACUGACACUUGCCUCCGUGGGUGGGGGUAUUGGAGGGUGCCUACUCAAGCUGCCCUUCCUGGAUGCCCCUCCGGACUCUCAGUGCUACGAGGACGGGGUUUAUUGGGAGGUGCCCGGGGAGGAUGAAGAUGAAGCGCAGGGACCGCUGAAGGAGGAGGAACGAGACACUCAGGCCUAGCUCGCUCCCAGCCCUUGAAAGGAUGCUCUCCUUUUAGAAGAUGAUGCCUGGCUACGCUUGGAAAGUUCUUUUGUCGCUCCCGUCCUUCCUUCCCGCUGCAAGAAGGAAGUCACGCGUCUGAAAGAGCCUCCUUUCCGCAGGCAGCAGUCGGGGAAGGGCUGUAGGAGGCGCGGGAGAUGGAGGAGGAGCAGGGCUGUAACUGGCCGUAGUGAGGGGAGCACUUCCCAGCAGCCUCAGCUCCAGCACCAGCAGCCACACCCUGCCAGUGAGGCACCCAGGUGACUGCUGACCCACCGGCCCAACAUCACACCGUUACAGUGUGACAGGGCCUGGCUCUCCGCGGGUGAUAAACGCCACUGUCGCCAGGGA